AUGGCCAUCAUGAAGAGAUUCCACUCCAUUGUUGGAGUCAAGUCUGCUAGUGAUGGAACAUCGGUUGAUGAUCCAGGCGCUCUCCAAAUGCGAGCUGAUGACAAGGAAGCUGCUCAUACGCCUUUCAACAAAGUGAGCAGCAAUGAAGAGACUAAGCCGAGCGAAGAUGCCCAGCCUGGUGUAAAGAAAAUUGAGGCAGUGACGCUGGCCUGGUCGAAGAAAACUGCCUUUGCCGUCUUGGUUCUAAUCUGGUUUCUUACACUGGUCAACGAUAUGAAGGCCUCUAUAUUCCUCAGCUUGAGUCCUUAUGCUACGAGUUCCUUUCUUGGUCAAUCGCUUUUGACCGUGAUCAGUAUCGUGGCGUCUGUCAUGGGAGGAGCAGUAUACAUCCCCAUGGCCAAAGCGCUGGAUCUUUGGGGCCGUGCAGAGGGGUUUCUUCUAAUGACCUUCUUCUGUGUCAUAGGCUUGGUUCUUUUAGCUUCAGCCCAUAAUCUUCCCACUUACUGUGCAGGGCAGGUAUUCUACACGGUCGGCUUCGGUGGCCUCGGAUACACCUGGGAUGUCUUAGCCACUGAUGUGACAAAUCUACGGAAUCGGGGUCUGGCGUUUGCCUUUACCUCUUCCCCUGCUUUGAUCUCCGCGUUCGGUGGCUCGAAGGCUGCAGCCAGUUUCGUGGCUAAUAACAACUGGCGAUGGGGAUACGGGAUGUUUGCAAUCAUUCUGCCGGGUAUCGCUCUGCCCAUCUAUGGUAUUCUGGCCUACUAUUUACGCCAGGCUGAGAAGAAAGGCAUCAUCGUCAGGGAGAAGAAGAGUUGGAAAAUCACUCCCAAGACGAUCUGGUGGGGCAUUUUGGAAUUUGAUCUCCCGGGAGUCCUUCUAUUCGCCAGUGGGUUCGUCAUCUUCCUGCUCCCGUUCACUCUGGCUGCUACUGCGCCCCACGGCUAUCAGACAGGCUACAUCAUUGCCAUGAUCGUUCUCGGUCUGGUCCUCAUCAUCUCCUUUGGCUUCUACGAGACAUUCAUCGCGCCUGUGCCCUUCUUGAACUAUAAUCACCUCACCGACCGAACUGUUUUGGGUGCCUGUCUGCUUGACAUGACUUACCAGGUUUCAUACUACUGUUAUGCUCUGAAUCUCACCUCCUUCCUGCAAGUCGUAUACGAAGUAGAUGUUUCCACGGCCGGAUACAUCAGCAACACUUUCAGCGUCGUGUCUUUCGUCUUCCUAUUCAUUGCGGGUGGACUUAUUCGCUGGACGGGCCGCUUCAACUGGCUCCUGUGGAUCUGUGUUCCUCUCUAUAUCCUCGGAACCGGUUUAAUGAUCCACUUCCGUACAUCAGGUGGAUACAUUGGGUAUAUUGUCAUGUGUGAGGUGUUUUUCUCUGUUGCUGGCAGUAUCUUCAUUCUGUGCUGUCAACUGGCUGUUCUUGCAUCGGUCGAUCAUCAGCAUGUUUCAACAGUUCUGGCUUUGCUAUUCGUCAUGGGCAGUAUUGGUGGUUCUAUCGGCAGCGCUAUCAGUGGAGCCAUCUGGACGAACACUUUCUUGCACAAGCUUCAGCAGACUUUGCCGGAAUCUGCGUUGCCAGAUAUUGCUACGAUCUAUGGGUCCCUUACGGCUCAGCUCAGCUACCCUGUGGGAAGCCCUACGCGAGACGCUAUUGUCGAAGCUUACGGAUAUGGCCAGGAAAGAAUGUUGAUUGCCGCCACGGCAUUUAUGGUUCUGAGCUUCGUUUGGGUUGGAAUGAUGAGGAACUUGAACGUCAAGAAUAUGACCCAAACCAAGGGUAACACUCUGUGA